CGAAAGGUAUAUCGCUUCUUCGGAUUCAACAAAGGAUACAAUUUCCCACUAUGGGUAAUCUUCGCGGGCGGCAUGCUCGGUUUUUCCCUCUCCCGCCUCGGCGACCUCGAUUACGACGGCUACUUCAAGCGAAACUUCGCCCUCGUCCCCGGCUACUGGUACUACUUCCGCAGCGGCUCCUACCGCUACGGCAUGCUAAUCCACCUCGCUGCUAUCCUCCCGGCUGGAAUCCUUAUGACCUUCCAAUUCACCCCCAUCAUCCGCCACAAAUGGAUUUUGUUCCACCGCCUCAACGGCUACGUCGUCUUGCUGCUGUGUCUGAUUAGUAACGCUGCCGCUUUCGUCGUCAUUCGUCACAAGCAGGGCGGCAAUCGUAUUAAUAGCCACGCUGUGGAAACACUCAUGGGAAUUAUCACCACAAUUGGAAUUUUCAUGGGGUGGUGGAAUAUUCGGCGCAAGCAGAUUGAACAGCAUCGUGCGUGGAUGCUGAGAACCAUGUUUUACAUGGCUGUUACGAUUACGGCGCGCGUCAUCAAUUUUGCGGCUAGGAGCAUUAUUACAAAGAUUGGCAACUAUUGGGCUGUGUGGAUGUGCGAUGAGAUCAAUUUCCUUUACAUGAAUCUUGGAAUGGAAUUUCCGCAGGAGACCUACCCGGAGUGUAUCUUGCCGGAUGGAUCGCUGAAUCGCUGGAAGCGGGUUGCGGUUGCUGCGAGGGAGGACCCGAAUCACUUGGAGCAGUUUGGUGCGAGUGCUGUGGCGUCGUUUAGCACCAUGCUUUGGAUUUGCCUGUUUCUUCACAUGAUCGGCGUGGAGUUGUAUUUGCGAAUGACUCCUAGAGAAACAGAAAGACUUCGUCAAAUCAGUUAUGAGAAGCAGGUCGAGGCUGGUUAUCGUAACCCUGGUAGUGCUGGGCUGGUCUUGGAUCGAUGGGCUGACGGAGAUAAGUGGACUCCUAAAAAGUAAGAAAGAUGUGUUGGUAAGACGUAUUGGUAAGAUGGACAAUGCUCUAGUUUGUGGCCCAAGAAAGAGCCAGUAUGUAGAAGAGAGAUUGGUUGACGGGAUUAGAUAGCAUUGCUAUGGGAAAGUGAUUGGUAAGAUUGAUGGGGUGGAAUCUGUGGGAUAUCCAAGCUAUGGACUGUUGCGCGAACACAGACUUGAAAACCUCCACCAUCUAAGUGGUAGCUUCUUUAUGUGCUUAGUGUUGGAAUAAGGAGGGUGCUACUUGUUCUAUAGCCAGCUCAGAGGUAG